AUGGGCGAUGCAGCCGGAGAGAUCACAUCUUCUCCGAACGUGCCAGACUCCAACGAGUCUUUCCGCACGAGUAGGCCAGAUAUCGUUGGGUCUGACGUUCCAGAUGCCCCGUUUCCAAUUAAAUUGUCAGGCCCCGUGCAGCAUGGAUUUGGUAGAGGGAGCAAAGACCUCGGAUGUCCAACUGCAAAUCUUCCUGACGAUUCCCUCCCACCCAUGAUCGAUGCAGGGACAGGAGUCUAUUACGGCUAUGCCCAGGUUACCCCUUCUGAUGGAUCAUCAUCAUCUUUAUCUGACCAAGAUGUAUGCGUCUUGCCCAUGGUCAUGAGUUUUGGGUGGAAUCCCUUUUACAACAAUAAACGCAAGACUGCGGAAAUUCACAUAAUGCACGAGUUUAAGACCGAUUUUUAUGGAUACGAUAUGAAGGCUCUAGUUUUGGGAUAUAUCCGUCAGGAACUGCGUUACACUUCACGAGAAGCACUUAUAGAAGACAUAGAGUUUGACAAAAGGGUCGCACUCAAGUCAAUGGCAAGGCCUGGUUACGAGAAAUACACGACAGACCCUUUCUUCACGGUUUAG